UCAGCUGACAUCGUCACCAUCAAACAUGGCCGCCUCCACGAUGACUGCGAGCGUUGCUGUUAAAACCGAAAAACUUGACGCAGCAGAAGUGGAGCAGAAGAUCCUUGAACUAUGUGAGGCCAAUCCCACUGGAAUCACCGAUAAGAUUGUCCAGCUACAAUGUCCAGGUUUAGAAGCCUCCAAACGAGCUGAGGCCGUCAACAAGUUGCUCAGCCAGGGAAAAAUAGAAAUUCUGAAGCAGAAAAACCAGCUCUUAUAUAGAUUGAAAGAUCCCGACACAGAAAAGCUAUGCAAGGGCACAGACAGAGAAGAAAAGGUUGUCUACCAGAUCGUCGAAGAGGCAAGCAACAAAGGGAUCUGGAUACGGGACAUAAGGAUGAAGAGUGGUCUUGUUCUUACUCAACUAAAUAAAAUUUUGAAGAACUUGGAAAGCAAGAAGCUCAUAAAAGCUGUCAAGUCAGUCUCGGCGUCGAAAAAAAAGGUGUACAUGUUGUACAACCUUGAACCUGACCGUUCCAUCACAGGAGGGGCGUGGUACAGUGACCAGGAUUUUGAGUCUGAGUUUGUCCAAGUAUUGAACCAGCAGUGCUACAGAUUCCUCCAGAAGAAGCUGACGAUUGCACGAGAAAAUUCUACGGACCCUUUGUUACAGAAGAAUUCGUCAUUUUCUUCUUCGAAGGAAGUAUGGAACUUCAUUAAUGAACUAGGCAUCAGUAAGGUCCAGCUCAGCAUUGAAGACAUUGAAACAAUCUUAAAUACACUCAUCUAUGAUGGCAAGGUGGAAAAGACUGUAGUAGCAGAAAAGUCCACAGACAUGAUCAAUCUGUACAGAGCGGUGGAGCCACUGGUGCAAAGCACAGGGCUCAUGCGCAUGCCAUGUGGAACAUGUCCUGUGAUGCAUAACUGCCACGUUGGUGGAGUGGUUUCACCAGCUACAUGCCAGUACUUCAAGGAUUGGCUGGCAAUGGACUUUGAUGAAGAGGGCAAUGGGUGACUGCAGGUAUGAAACCAGCGUGGCCUCAUUUUGCAGUCCAGUGAAAAAGUGUCCCAUCAUUCUUGUAAAUAAAUAUUUAAAGUAUUUCUCCUC